AUGGCCACGGACACGGUAUCGAUAACGGAUGCCGUAACGAAUGUUGAGCUACUCGAUGAAUGUUUGUUGCCUGAUGACCUUCCGCCGAUCGAAUCAAGACCGCUGCCCCUUUUAUGCCGAGCUAUUUUCGAUACGAAUUUCGAGGAUAAAAAUGCGUAUAUCACUGGCGUCUCAAAGUAUAUCGAGGAGGCGACCAGGCACUCGGAAUUUAAUCAUAUGCUCGAACAAGGCCAUCACCAUGCUUCGUUGUUGUACACUUGGAGGUGUUGCUCAAGAGCCGUUCCCAUGGCAAGAUCCAGUGAUCAACCAAAUCGAGUUGAAAUCAACAUGAAAGUGGUCGAGGUACUGAAGCCCGAAGUCGACAAACUCUACGGUUUCAUGCAUUUUGCGGAGCAAGCGGCUCAGCGAUUAUGCAUGGAAGUGAAAAGAUUAUGCCACUCCGAAAAACGAAAGGAUUUCGUUUCUGAAGCCUAUCUUUUGACGCUGGGAAAGUUUUUGAACAUGUUCGCCGUGCUUGACGAAUUGAGAAACAUGAAGGCUUCAAUCAAAAAUGAUGUUUCGACGUUUAAAAGAGCUGCUCAAUUUUUGCAAGUGUUGACCGACACACAAGCUAUCCACGAUAUGCACAAUUUAUCGCUUUUCUUGGCAUCUCACAACAAAAUCAAGGAAUCUCUACGAAACGACAUCUCAAAGAUCGAAGGAUACGAAGAGCUUCUCACCGAUGUGAUUAACAUUUGCCAAUUUAUGCUUGAGAACAAAUUGUACUUGAGCGCCCCCGAGAAGCACAUGUAUGUAAAGGCGAUCGCUUUCAGUAUUUACUUGAUCGAGUCUGAUCCGGAUGUCUCAAUGCUUGCCAAACUUGAACACAAAAAGCGUCUAUCCAUUGCGAAAUUGGACAGAAUAUUCAAGUACAUCGAAGUUGUACCGCUUUUUGGCGAUAUGCAAAUCGAACCGUUUGCUUUUGUCCGAAUGACGAAAGUCUAUGAUGCAAAUAAAUGGCCACUAAGCGACAAAAAAGGGAAUCGCUGCAACAUUCAAAUUGUGGAAAGGCUCCCGGCGAUCAAGUUGGAACACGAAAGUUAUCUCGCACAAUUAGCAAAACUGAAUAGUGAAAUGACGAUUUGUGACAGAGAUCCGACUGAUGUAGAAAAUGUGGAGUUGACAUCCCUUGGGUUGAGCGGUCUUCAAUUGCUUUGUCGAUGGACUGCGAACAUUGUGGAGACGAUUUCAUGGAAACUGCUUCACCCGACGAAUCCUGCCAUCAAUCAACAAUGUCCUGAAACAGCGGAGGAUUAUGAACGAGCAACGAGAUACAAUUACUCGGUCGAGGAAAAGAGUGCAAUCAUUCAAGUGAUUGGCAUGAUUAAAGGCCUUCAAGCGCUUCUCUCGCGGUUGGAGCCCACUUUCUCACAGGCUAUUCGACGAUGUGUUUACACGGAACUUCAGGAUUUUGUGCAAAAUUCUCUAUCCGAGCCACUCCUAAAAGCUCUCAAAGGAAAGAAGGAUCUGUUAGCCAACAUUAUUCAAUCGAUUCGUGAUACGUGUAUAGAUGUUUUGGCAGCCCAACACAAUGUUGUCCAAAAAGAGAAGAGUAAGAAGAAAAGCAAGGGAAAAGACAGUAAUAGCAGUUCAUCAAGUGAUGUUCGUCUAGUCAAAAGAAGUCUUCCCCCAGAGCCUAGCUCGACACAGCUUUACAUGGCAAGGACUCAACUCGAAUCGUUGGUGUCUGAAAGAAGCGCGGGUGGCAAAAAGAUUCUGCGCAAAGAGCUUGAUGAGAAAACUGUUGAAAAAAUUGAACGAUUUCUGCAUAAAACCACUCAUUGGACGGCUUUGUUGCACUUCGCAGACUCGCUUUCAGCUGCCGGAGAUCUUUCUCAAUUGUGGUUCAGAGAAUUCUACUUGGAAAUCGCGAAUGGGGAAAGGAUCCAGUUCCCUAUUGAUAUGUCAAUGCCGUGGAUUCUCACCGAUCACAUUUUGACCACUAGUGACGCUUCGCUUUUGGAAUGUGCUCUUUUCCAGCUCGAUCUCUACAACGAUGCAGCUCACUACUGCUUGUUCAACUUUCAAAAGCAGUUUUUGUACGACGAGGUUGAAGCCGAAGUUAAUCUUUGUUUCGAUCAAUUCGUCUAUAAACUCUCGGAUGCCAUCUACACACAUUUUAAACAACUGGCUGUGUGUAUGUUGCUCGACAAACGGUUCAAAGCGGAAUGCCAGCGAGCGGGUGUUUCCAUUCGAACACCACCAGCUGCUCGAUUCGAUGCAUUACUUAAACAGCGACAUGUGCAGAUUCUUGGAAGAACCAUCGACCUCAAUAGACUUAUUUCCCAACGAAUCAACAUUGCUAUUAUUAAGUCAAUCGAUACGGCAAUCUGGAAGUUUGAAAGUGAUCAAUUGUCGAGUAUUUUGGAAUUGGAUGCUUUACUUGAGGCAAACAGAAUGUGUCAUGAUUUGUUGAAUGCUCGUCUUGGCGGAUUGGCUCCAUUUAAUGAUCUCUUCUUGGAAGCAAAUCACAACGUCGGAGCUCCUCAUGGAAGAAUCACUUUGCAUAUCUUUUGGGAGUUGAACUACGACUUUCUUCCAAAUUUCACUUACAACACGACAACUCACCGCUUUGUGCGUUCGCGAGUUACCUUCAAAGAAACGCCAGCUCGUGAACGUCCGCCAACAGCGUCUGUUCUUUAUCAUUGGGGUAGUAAAAGUUUGGUUGCUGCCUUCACAAACAUUUUUCAUGUCUACUCGGGAUUCAUCGGAAUGCCGCAUUUUAAGGCUAUCGCUCAAUUGCUCCAAUAUCAAGGAAUAUCCGUAAUCUUGGAAGAGGUUCUGAAGUUGGCGAGGGGCAGCUUGCAGCAAGGACUGAAGAAUCACACGCGAGAAGUGCUGAAGCUUAUGCCGAAGUUGUGCAAACUGCCACGAAACGAUUAUGGAAGUCCAGCGAUUCUUCAAUAUUACUGUCACCAUCUUGAUGGAGCGAGUAAAUAUUCGGAAAUGAAAUCCGAAUUUUGUCAGGAGUUGCGUUUCAUCGGAAACAUGGUUGCUUUUUGUCUACAAUUAGAACUCGCUUUAGCACACGAAGAAACUUGGGAUCUCUUGGUUGCCGCUCCUUUCACAAAUGUUAUCCCGAAACCACCAGCAAAAACCGUCGUCGAACAAGAGAAACAAUUGCAAAAACUUGAAGAAAAAUACUCGCGACUUCAACUAACAAACGUUGUUGAGAAGUUUGGAGAUACCAGUCAACGAGCAAUCGCACGUGAAGCCGAAUUGUUAACGCGAGAGCGACUCUGCUGUGGUUUAAACAUCUUCGAAGCUUUUCUCGAUCGACUUCGAAAAAUGCUACAAAUGGAUCCGAUUUGGAAAGGCAAUCCACCUGCAAAUCGAAUCAUGGCGAUUGAGGAAUGCGAAGAAUGGCAUCGCAUUUGGUCGGCUCUCCAAUUUUUCCUUGCUCAACCGGCUGUUGAGAGUGAAAGACUGCAUGAGGAAAUCUUCGGUGAUUCAGUGCAUUGGGGCGCUCUCACCCUGAUUCAAUUAUUGGGACAACAUCGACGCUUCGAGAUUCUCGACUUUUCUUAUCAUUUGUACCGGAUUCAAAAAGUCGAUCAAAAGGACGACACGAUUAAUGGAAUUGUACUUACAAAAAUGGUGGAACGCAUCCGGCGCCUCCAGUUGCUCAACAAUCAGAUUUUUGCUACUUUAGGAAAUUAUGUAUCGAUUUGGGAAGAGCAUGAAGCAAAAAUGACUCUAAAACAGCAAAACCGUCGAGUGACCUUCCAACUCGAGCCAACAAUCUUCAACACUCGGAGACGUUUCGAUGCUCAAGCCACUUUGAGGGAUCAUGUGCCUAAUCCUGCUCCAACAGUGCCAAUCGUUGAACAAUUAGCCGAUCAAAUGACCGAUGUUUCUGGAGAAUUCUUCUCCGGCAACUCCAGAGGUCUCUCCUCUAACAUUCCGACAUUUUCUAGCGUUCCAACAUGCUUCAACACUCAGAGCCGUUUCGAUGCUCAAGCCGAUCAUGUGCCCAAUCCUGCUCCAACAGUGCCAAUUGUUGGACAAUUAGCCGAUCAAAUGACUGGUGUUUUUGCUAAGGCUGAGCAAGCGAUUCGCACGUUGAUUACCCGUUUCAAUGCCCAAGAGGCAAGUCUCAUCGCAGCCAGAGAUGCCGAAGCAAAUAGUGCACGAGAGCUGCGAAACACAAAUCAAAUCAUGCAGGUCACAUUGGAGAACACAAGACAAAGUGAAAAUGAAUUGCGAAAACGUCUCAAUGAGCUAGAGGAAAGCAUGCGCCGUGUACAAGAUGAAAAUCGCACGUUGACACGAGAUUUCAAUCAAUGUAAACAAGACAACACCCGACUCGAGCAAGAAGCGACCAGGAACGUUGAUAAACAUCGGCGAGAAAUGCAAACUCAUCGAGAUGAUCUUCAGAAAAAAUGGGAGGAAUUCAGGGUUCAACUCAAGAUUGAACAUCGACAAAAGCUGUCACAGUAUGAGCGGGAUAUCAAAAAUCUACGAAGAGUUCUCGACGAUACAAGAAGGGAUCUUUCUUACGCACAAGCAAAGGUUCGUGAGCUCGAAUUGAGUCGAGAAGAUUUUGAGCAUGCGGUAAGGGAUGAAUUGCAAAGAACGAUGAUGGCCAAAUACAGGGAUAUGGUCUUGGAGAUUGCCCCAGAAAGACCAAUUCCUCCACAAACCGUCUCGAUUCCAACUCGCUUUCGUUCAACCUCCACCUCUAGACCGGGUCCAUCGGUGUCAAAUAAAGAAAAUGAUGCUAGACGGGCUGGGCGGAUGAUCCGAGACGGUGAUCGU